CGCUCUCUGGUGCAGGUUGGCGGGCCGGGCCAAAGCUGGACCGGAAGUGCGGGCUGAGGGGAGCUAGGGGCCGGCAGAGCUGCAGCCGAGGUCUCGACUGGGACCAUGAAGCGGGACGUGCGGAUCCUGCUGCUGGGCGAGGCCCAGGUGGGGAAGACCUCGCUGAUCAUGGCCCUGGUGGGCGAGGAGUUCCCCGAGGAGGUUCCCCCUCGAGCUGAAGAGAUCACAAUUCCAGCUGAUGUUACCCCUGAGAAGGUGCCUACUCACAUUGUUGAUUACUCAGAAACAGAACAGACGGAAGAAGAACUGAAGGAUGAGAUCCACAAGGCAAAUGUGGUAUGCAUGGUGUAUGAUGUUUCUGAGGAUUCCACCAUUGAGAAGAUCCGAACAAAGUGGAUUCCGUUGGUGAAUGGGAGAGCAGAAAAAGGGCCCAGAAUCCCUAUCAUUCUGGUGGGGAACAAGUCAGACCUACGCUCUGGGAGCUCCAUGGAGACCAUUCUGCCAAUCAUGAACCAGUUCUCUGAGAUAGAGACAUGUGUAGAGUGUUCUGCCAAGAACUUGAAAAACAUCUCAGAGUUGUUCUAUUAUGCUCAAAAGGCAGUUUUACACCCUACAGCCCCCUUGUAUGAUCCAGAGGAGAAGCAGCUAAGGCCAGCUUGUGCUCACGCGCUCACCCGCAUCUUCAGACUCUCUGACCAGGACAACAACCAGGUGCUAAGUGACCAUGAGCUCAACUACUUUCAGAAAUCAUGCUUUGGAAAUCCUUUGGCCCCCCAAGCCUUAGAGGAUGUGAAGAUGGUGGUGUGUAAGAACACAACAGAUGGCGUGAAGGAUGACGGGCUGAGCUUGGAUGGUUUCCUCUUUCUGAACACCCUCUUCAUUCAGAGGGGCCGUCAUGAGACCACCUGGACCAUCCUACGCCGCUUUGGCUAUGAUGAUGAGCUGGAGCUGACUGAUGACUAUCUUCACCCACUGAUCCGUGUUCCUCCUGGCUGUACCACUGAGCUCAAUCACUUUGGUUACCAGUUUUUGCAAAAGAUGUUUGAGAAGCAUGAUAAGGACCAAGAUGGAGCCCUCUCCCCUUCUGAGCUUCAGAGCCUCUUUAGUCCAUUCCCUUCUGUGCCGUGGGGCCCUGAACUCUACAAUACGGUAUGCACCAAUGAUAAAGGCCUGCUUUCCCUGCAUGGAUUCCUCUGCCAGUGGACAUUAGUAACUUACCUGAACAUCCACCACUGCCUGGAGCACCUUGGUUACCUGGGUUACCCUAUCCUGUGUGAGCAAGACUCUCAAACACAUGCCAUCACAGUCACCAGAGAGAAGAAAAUGGAUCUGGAAAAGGGACAGACGCAAAGGAAUGUCUUCCUCUGUAAAGUGAUUGGUGCUCAGGGCGUAGGCAAGUCAGCAUUUUUACAGGCCUUCCUUGGGAAGAACUUAGAGGCCCUCAGGGAGCACCCAGGAGAACAAUCCUUCCAUGUCAUCAACACAGUGCAAGUCAACGGGCAAGAGAAAUAUUUAAUACUGUGUGAGGUAGAAGCAGACACACAAUUCACCACAGCAUCCAGCGCUGCCUGUGAUGUGGCCUGCUUGAUGUUUGCUGUGAAUGACCCUAAAUCCUUCACCUACUGCACCAGUAUUUAUAAGCAAUACUAUAUGGACGGACAGAUCCCCUGCCUCUUUGUUGCUUCCAAGUCUGAUCAGCCAGAAGUGAUCCCUCCACGUGGGAUGUCCCCAGCUGAGUUCUGCUACAGGCACCAUCUCCCUCCACCUUGCUACUUCACCAGCACUGGUCCCAGUGCCCCCAGCACCACUGUUUUCACCCGACUGGCAACUCUGGCCACUUUCCCGCACUUGAGUGAUUUAGAACUUCGCACAGCCUCCUUUUGGCUCCGGAUGACCCUGGGGGCCACCGUGGCUGCAGUCAUUGGAUUCACCCUUUACAAGACCCUAGUGAAGAACAAGUAAGGGGAGGGUCUGAGUCCCACCAGAUGCUGCUGUAGCUGACUCCUCCUCACCAUCCUGCCAGGGCAGAUCAGGGCUGCCCAGAUCCUGGAGGGACACUCCCUGCUGAGUUCUGCCUGCCUCUGCCUCAGAGCCUGUUAUGUACCUUCAACUGGUAUUUGAUGAUGCACCUUCCCCCCACCUUGCUGUCUUCUCUAAACUCAAUGUUCCCAAUCUCAGGGCCCUUGGGAGGGGCUAAGGAAGCAGGCGGCCCUCCCUCAGAUCGUAGUUCCUAUUUUUAGAGUUUUUAGAGUUUUCAGGCUCAUUCACCCAGAGAAGCCAGGUACCUGUCUAUCUGUCUGAAAGGAGGCUUGGGGCUGGCUUCAGGAGGUGCAACCUCUUGGGCUUCCCUGCUUGAUUUCAGGGUAGCAUGUGUGAGGGGAGGGGAACUGGCACAGCCCCAGAAGUCCACAGUGGUCAACAGGAAGAUGUUUCCUCUUGAUCCCAACUUUCAGCCCAGGUUUACAGUGGGGAGACUGCAGAAAUCUAGUGUGUGGGGUUCUCAGCUGUGCAGAUCUCCCUCCAUUAGUCACAAACUGUGCCCCAGCCCAUGCUUACUCAUCUGGGUCUGACACACUGAUUCCCAAAGAAGUAUCUCUAGCAGUGUUCUGAGCCACAUCUCUUUUCCUCCCCUGGCUUGCUCAGAUGUUCUUAAAUCUCCAGCUUCCUCCUCCCAGCCUCAUGCCCUUGGCCUCUCCUUGGCUGCAGUGCCACUUGGGCUGCUCUGAGGGCCUGUGCCAUUUUGGCACUGUAGGACCACUGAACUGGAAGAGCCUCUAGCGGGGAGGCCUAUGGCCUCAAACCUGGAAUUCGCCUUAGCCAGCCUCCAACUCUGGGUCACCUCUCCUUCCCUUCCUCAGCACGCUUGGGGCUCUAAGGUUUCCCAAGCUCAAGUGCAUGCUGAAGCUAUCUUAUGGGUCUGGGAAUAGGGAGAAUCAGGAGACGGCCCCUGGAGUAGGCCAGGCCGUUCAGGAUUUUUCCACCAUGAAUGACCUAGAUUUCCAACUAAUGAAAUAAUCACUCUCAUUCCUCACUUCAGUAUGUGUACACAUUAGGGCAUGAAGAAAAAGUAAUCUUGUUUCCCAUUUAAAGCGGAAAUUGUAUUUUUUCUAUUGCUGAGACCUCACACUUUGAAAAAUCUCUUUUUAUGUCAACCUACAACAUAUCUCUACAUCCUCAGUCUUAGUGUGGGUUGGAAUCCAUGCUUCUUUCUCCUCUCUUCCUCUUCCUCCAACCCUUUCCAUGAAGGCAUAUCACUUGAAGAAUCCUCCACCAGGAAUGCUCUCCCCAUCGUAUCCAUGUCUGUUGUCCGUCCCUUCCCGCUGGCAUUCAAUGCCUCAUCUGGCUUCUGAGUCUGAGGCAGGGUUAGGAAACAGCCAGUUAAGCGGGGGGGGCAAGCAUUUGAACCUUUCAAGUACACUCAGGGUAGGGCAGUUUACGUUGUGCUGUUGUGAUAGUGUUAUGUAAACUACCUUUUUAUGCAGUAAUCUAUUUUUUUUUUAAGGAUCUAUUUUAGAGCCACAGCCUAGAUCCAUUCCAGCCCUGGUUCUGCGUAUCUGGAGCAGGGUUGUGUGCUUUGGUGCACUAACAUCAAGGGCCUGUGUUAAUCAUUGAGGUUACUUUAAAGGGAAGACUUCACCUAUUUAAAAUAGGUGUUUUCCAUCUGAGGCUGACUGAGCUGUGACUUUCCUUGAUGAGCAGAAGAAAGGGGAUGCUGCAUUUCCCUACAAGUUUCUUAAACUUCUCCUGCCCCUAGAGAUGACAAGCAGAGGCGCGAGGAUGCAGCCAGAAGAGGGCAAUUUGUUCACUGUCCUGUUCAGUUCAGAUCCUUGUCCCGGGGUUGGCUCUGUCUACCUCCUAAUGUCAAGAGGUGGCCUGGUUCCUGCUGAGGUGGCAUAGAAGACAAGACCUGGUGGUCAGAGGACUGGGGGAGAAAGAGGUCUUGGCCAUCUUCUUCUUCUAAAUAAAUUAUCCACCGAACAAAUGUUCAGCUCUGGAGGUUGUGUCCCCAGGCCCUUUCUAGGUAGGGACUAUACUGAUUCAGCCCAAGAAAAUAAAGGGCAAAUGGUGCAGUGUGUCCUAGAAGAGAACCAACUUGAGAUGAGUGUCCGUUUUCUCUUUGAGAUGUGGUUUUCAAUGUUGACAGUAACCUGUGUCCUGAUUUUCAGUUUGGGAACACAUUUCUCUUGAGAGCCAGUGCCCCAGCUGCUCUAUAAGCCCAAUUCUUGGGCUCUCUUCACUAUUUCUAGACAAAAACAAGAGAGGGAGCUGGUGUUGUCAUAGUAGAAAGGGCCUAGGAUCGUCUCUGGGUGUGGGAAAGAGUUAUACUGCUAUCAGAAGGCCCUGCUGGUCACCAGCCUUCACUGGUAGAGGCUGGGUUAACAGGAUUCUCCCAGCUUCAGCAUGGCUUUGGGGAAUCUAGCCAAGGGCCUCCACCUGGGAUAUCUCUUUUUAUCACUGGCUGCUCUCCAUGCUGCUCUAACAUCAUUUGGACCGUUGUCCUGCUGCCAGCGCUGCUCCCAUCCAGCCCAGGGGAACAGGGUCUGGGUUGGGACCCAAGAAAUGCCACUUCUCAAUGGCUCUUUCUACUUGAGUAUCGUGUUCAUUGUCCAAAGCCAUAUAAUUUUAUGAUGGGAUAAACACUUUUCAAUAAAAUCAGUGUUUGUGCACACUAA